AGUCGUGCUGGGGCUGCUACUGAAGGUGUCACCUGGAGGGAGAAAUGGAAACAAGACACAUAAUAAAAAGACUGAAUAACAACAUCAAGAUGAUCAUGAAGCGUCUGAUAAAGCGCUACAUCAUCAAAGCCCAAGCAGACAAAGAGAGUGACGAGAUCACUGAAGGUGAGCUAAAAGAGAUUAAGCAGGACAUCUCCAGUCUGCGAUAUGAGCUGCUGGAGGAGAAAUCACAGAACUUAGAGACACUGGACGGACUGCUGAGGAGGAUGGGAGAGAUCAGCACACCUUCAGCAGCUUCAGUAGCACUACCAGUCGCCCCGACUUAUAUAUAAAACUGCACAGCUCAAAGAGUUUAAAGUGCCUCUUCUGUAUCAUUGAAGGUAGAUACGCUAUGAUAGUGACAAAACAUAGGACUGUAUGUAUGUGAAUAUAAAAUUAAAAUGUAGCUUGCUGAUUGCA